UAUCUUACUAUGCUGUAAUAAUAUUCUCACACUUUCUCAAAAGCAAAGUAGAUAAAAAGGCGUAACAUUCAAACCCCAUCACCCCCUUCGGUCAAAAUCCCUUUACCUUUUGUUUGCCUCUUUUUUUCAAAACAGUAUACACUUUAUAUUAUAACAAAAAACCAUGUCAAAGUUUGCAGCACUGCUACCUCCAACCUUUACCCGCACCAUCGAGGCUUGGCUCGCCGAAGACAUUCCGUCCUUUGACUACGGCGGCUUUGUCGUAGGCGAUGCGCCCAAAACCGCCACCCUCUACUGCAAAAGCCCUGGAGUUCUCUCUGGAAUCCCCUUUUUCAACGAGGUAUUCCGCCAAACCGGCUGCUCCGUCACUUGGGAUAUCGAAGAAGGAGCCGAAAUCGUCCCCCAAGAGGGCAAAGUAUCCGUCGCCAAAGUCCACGGCCCCGCCCGCCGCAUUCUCCUCGGCGAACGCCUUGCGCUAAACAUUCUUGCGCGCUGUAGCGGGAUUGCAUCAAGAGCGAGGCGCCUGAGGGAGGUGGCGGAUCGAAUGGCGUUUUUGGGCGUGGUGGCUGGGACACGCAAGACUACGCCGGGGUUUAGGCUGGUGGAGAAAUACGGGAUGAUGGUGGGUGGUGCGGAUACGCAUCGGAUGGAUUUGUCGACGAUGGUGAUGCUGAAGGAUAAUCACGUUUGGUCAACCGGGUCGAUCACAAAGGCGGUGGAGGCGGCAAGGGGUGUGGCCGGGUUCUCGAUCAAGAUCGAGGUCGAGUGCCAGUCCAUUGAGGAGGCCUUUGAGGCUAUUGAUGCGGGCGCUGAUGUUGUUAUGUUGGAUAAUUUUGUGCCCGACGAUAUAAGACUGGCGGCUGUCGAAGUCAAGACCAGGGGCGUUGCCGUGGGCAGGCAGGUGCUGGUGGAGGCCAGUGGCGGAAUCACAGAAGAGACUGCUCAUCUGUAUAUGCUCCCUGGAAUUGAUAUUAUCAGCUUUGGCACCAUGACGCAGAGCGUCCCGCAUGUGGAUUUCUCUCUUAAAAUAGACCAUUAGAAAAUGUUUUGGGGACAAAAAUAGUGUCGGUAAUAGUUUUAUAAAAAAUGUUAUAUUUCAACCAU